AUGCUUCCCUGCCAAUCACGGGUCUCGCGCUCCCAUUGGCUGCUGCCAGCGCGAGCGUUGCGUCAGGCUGCUCUUAAAGCGGCGCGGCGGGGGGGGCAGGGCGCAGCGCGGGACGAUGCGGACGAGGAUGAACCGGGGACAGCGAGGGGAGCGGGGCCGGGGGGAGCCGGGACCACCCAGAAAGGCAUCCAGGAGAAAGUGUGGCCUCGCCGACCACCACACCUGAGAGCAGCCUGUGCUGGGCCCGACGUGACAAUGGCGGCCGAGGGGCUGUGGGGGCCGGGCGGCCCCCCCGGCUGGGAGCUGGAGGGGUGGUACCAGGACCUGCAGGAGGUGCUGGCGGCGGAGCCCCCCGGAACCGCCCCCACCUGGGGGCCCGAGCAGGUGGAACCGGGCCCGGGGGGCUGCGGGCUGGACCUGGCUCUGGCCGAGGAGCUGCUGGCGCUGCUGGGGCCGGAGGGAGCGGCUCCAGCGGAACCCCCGGGCGCGGCCCCCGGCGGGAGCGGCCCGGCCCGGCCGGGCCCCGCCGAGGAGGAGGAGGAAGAGCGGGGGGCGCGGAGGAAGCGGCGCGGCGGCCCCGGGGCUCCGCGGGAGCGGGACGGGGAGCGGCGGGUGCGGGAGCUGACGGCGCACAACGAGCGGCUCCGUGCGGAGAUCCAGCGGCUCAGCGCCGAGGUGCAGCGCACCCGGGCCGCGCUCAUCGACCGCAUCGUCAACCUGCGCCAGGUGUAGCGGCU